CCUGACUUCAUUCAUUUUGUUGGUGUCAAGCAAGGCUUUGGGGUUGUGUUGUGCUGACUUCUUUGCUGAAUAAUAGCGGUAUGUAGCCCUUAAUGAUCAUAUUUAUUGUGUUAUAUUGCAAAGUAGAUUCUUAGUAACCGAGGCAGCGAGUCUGGCAUUCAAAUUCCCUCGCAAACUUGUGGAUUUCUGUCGUGUCAAUGCCGGGUCAAUGCGUCGCACUCGACCUUCGUAUGGCUUCUUGCUGUGUGUUAAAGUUCCCGUCCCUAAAGUUUUCUUCACUCCUCAUGAUAAAGUGUCCGUACUGCCUCAUACUUAAUUAUGAAUUCUCAAACAAUGUUUCCGAUUCUAACUGCAACUCGUCUAAAACAUAUCGUUAUGCCGUGGUCUGCUGAUGUUCACCUUGAAUUUUCCUUGAAUGAAAACUGACGUCACCUUGUAGUAUUUUAGUGUGAAGCAUGUCGAUGUUUUCGACCAUUUCUGAUUGAAUAGUUUCGUGAGAAAUCCUCUAAAUGAACAGAGUUCUAGUUUGCAUGUUUUAUGGUUACUUGAUGUAUGCGGAAUUCCCUCGCUGAUUUGCUGCCAAAUAUGAAAACAACGUGUAGGUGUUAUCUGAUAUGCCACAAAUUUUGUAUUUGUGGACACGUGCAACCACUAGCGGAUCUUAGAUAAAGGGCACAGGGGGACCCUCUCCUCUUUACAGGCAAAAAUUUUAGGCCUACAGGGUGUGGUUCCAGAAAAUAUCCAUACCCAGCCCAUGGAAGGUCAUUGGAAAGGCCAGGGGGUGGUCUCAACAGCCAAUUAUAUAAGGGAAAGUUUGAGGGUUUGAGGGGGGUGGGUUCAAAUGAAGAAACCUUCUGUGGGGGAGGUAUAGAUAUUUUCCUGUACCACACUUUUUUAGACCCAAAGGGUCAGAAGCCAUCAAGUUGUGCUUCGCAUGGGAAGUUUGGCAGGCAUGAAAGAAGCACAAGAGUUGCUCGUAACUGUCAGCUUGUGCUGUUAACAUGCUCCAUUGGAUUAUGGAGAAUGCUUACAUGUACUGAUUUUGAUUGGGCAAAUCUGUUAGCUAUGUUCUAAUUUCUUAAAACCAAGGUACCCUGUCAUAAAAAAAUUUAAGGCUGAGAGAGCAAAAUUUAAUAACUCCACUGAAAUUUUAGUAAAAGCAAUAAUUUUAUUCUUUCCUAAAGGGGCUGUAAUGGUCAUGGUCAUGCACGAGCAGUUGAUAUAGCUGAUACAAUCAAAUGUGUUCAAGCAUAGCCAACCCACUAAGUUUUUUUACAUCUUUUUGACAAGUUUUUGAUUAGUUUUGUAACCAUUCAAUUUCAUUUGCAUAUCAAACGCAGAAGGCUUGAAAUCAAAGUUUAAGUACAACAGAAUUCCGGAAAAACCUUUUGCUAUGUAAAAAGUUAAAUUUGACCAAAGUUUGGGCAGGAAUAAAAUCCCGCCUAAAUCCAACUUGGACAUUUGAUAAACAAACAUGCAACGUUUUCCAUCACAUGUUCAUGCUUGUUCUGAAAAUAUGUUUGGCCCGUUUCAAACUGGAAGCCAUUAGACUAAUCAAAAAUGUGUCAAGUAAAACAGAUGUCAAAAGCUUAUUUGGGUGGCUACGCUUGGGCACUUUUGACUGUAAACACCACAAAAUAAUAUCGGAUCACAGUUCACGGAAAACAAAAUCAUUGGCAUGUCUUCUUCAGACUCAUAAUUUCACACAUGUUGAUUCGCUCAGAAAAAAGUACGUAUUUUCAGUGAAGCGCAAGCAUCUUUUUGACAUUCACAUUUAAUGGAUUUUAUUCUGUCAAGUUGAUGUAGAACAAAAAGAUACCAUCACGUAAUUUCACAAGAAAGUGAAACCCCUUUAUAUGGCCUAUGUCUUAUUUUGUUGUCAGGGUUCUAUCUAGGGUAUUUGAGGGGUAGAAGCUUCCCCUGCAAAAUGCCCAGCUUCCCCCCAAAAAUAUUGUUAUCAUUACAGUAUAAAGUAACUAUAUCGGAAAAAUCAUCCAGCGCGAUGAGGUCAGUGCACAUUAUUUUCUCAAAAUUGGGUCUCAAAAUGCACCAGAUUGCAUCUCAGCGCAUAUUCAUUUCAAAAAAUUUCCAGGGGAGCAUGCCCCCCCCACCCCCCUAGGAAGCUCGUGGCCUUCGGUUGCUAGGGACUUCUCCCCCAAACGAUAAAUCCCGGAUAGAACCCUGGUUGUGACUGAUAAUUUGAACACAAAAAUAUCAACUAAGUUUGUACAAGUUAUGGAAAACCAGGAUUAUUAAAUAUUUUACUUUAAUAUAUUUUCCAGGCCUCAAAAGUCUUAUAAUGUGCAUGUAGGUGUGGGUUAUGGAAAAGUCAGCUAUAUUUUCCUCUCAGUUGAAUUAAUACAAGACGCACAAGUGUAAAAUUUGGUCUGUGAAGUAAAAUUACCACAUUUUGAUUUGACAUGACAAAAACUGAACUGAAAACUUGAAUCAGGGUUUGUCUAAUUUUCUAUUAGGGUUACUACAGGUCAUGGAAAACGUG